GCCGGCUCGGAUGCAUCACCCUUACGGUGCUGCCGCUUCUUGUGGCUUUGUGAAGGUGCUGUGGUUGGUGAGGUGUGGGUGCACGAAAAUGAGUAAAGCACAUGACAGCGCGCACCUUCGGCGGGGGAACGGCACGUAGGCAACCACGUCUGCUUUGGAAUCGUGGUCCUGUCACCUACAUUAUCAGGCCAUCUCCCCGCAAUUCACCUCAUCCCUUCUUCCACUCGAGGCUCUUCCAACAUCAACCUCAUCCAACCCAGCAUCAAUUCAAUCCUUCCAUCCAACUGCACCCAACCUCAUACCAGACACAGACGUAAACCAGAUCACAAUGCCUCUAGCACACGUCUCCCUCCCCGUCUCCUCUCUCUCCGAGUCGACCGCCUUCUACACCACCCUCCUCGCGCCCCUCGGCUACGGCAUCUACCUCUCCCUCGAGGAAACCGUCGGCAUGGGUCCUAAAUACGGCGCGCCUGAUUUCUGGCUGCAUCACUGCCCGAAGGAGAAGGAGGGAGAGAAGGAGGGCGUGAGUAAGACGCAUAUCUGCUUCUCCGCCUCUUCUCAAAAGCAAGUGAAGGCUUUCUACGAGGCCGGUUUGAAGGCGGGAGGAAAGGAUAAUGGAAAGCCGGGAGAGAGGAACUACACGAAGGGAUACUAUGCGGCUUAUGUCCUGGAUCUUGACGGCAAUAAUGUCGAGUGUCUUUACUACCAGCCUUUGUGGUUGACGGCGAUGCAGUAUGCACCGAGUAUUCUUGGUGCUGCUGCUGUUGGCGCGGUUGCUUGGUGGGGUGGGAAUGCUGGAUGGGGAUUGUGAAGGAGAGGUGGACGGUAUGAGGGAGGCCUGCUUGAGUUAGCUACAUCAGGUCACAUCCUUUGGCUUCUUCUCCGAGGUGAUUGGCCUCAUCGUCUCCUCAAAGUGUUCUGGAAAAAUUGUUGGAAAAGUCUUGAUGUAUGCGAGACGAUUAUAAAUAGACCUUCGACGAGAUUAGGGGCAGGACUGUCUCAAUUUGGCUUGGUCUUCGCUCAUGUAUGGGACGGUGUAGUAGACAGCUGACAGGUGCUUUUGUGAGCCUUGGUUUUUUUGGGGAGAAAAGGUCAAGUUCCGUAGUGGUUAUUGUUCUCUACCUCCUAUUAUAUGCAAUUCAGUGUUCAGUAUUCACUCACCAAGAUUCCUC